AUGACGACUACAGUAACACAACUCGUAUUCAUUCCUGCGCCAGUAAUCGGUCAUAUCAGAUCAACAAUCGAUCUCGCAAAACUACUUGUGAAUCGAGAUCAAAGGCUCUCCAUAACCGUUCUUCUCAUAAACCCACCUUCCAGCUCACGAUCUGGCUCAGUUAUCACCACCUACAUCGAAUCUUUAACCAUGAAACCCAUCGAACGCAUUCACUUCAUCGAACUCCCUCAAGACGAAACGCUACCAGAACGUGACCCAAAAGCUCCUAUGACUUUCGUCAAUAAUUUCAUAAACAGCCAUCGGAAAUACGUGCGAGACAUUGUAAGCAACAUGAUAAGUCAAACGGGUUCUUGUCGGGUAGCUGGAUUCGUCGUCGAUAUGCUCUGCACAGGGAUGAUAGAUGUGGCAAACGAGUUCAAUGUUCCAACCUACAUAUUCUUUACAUCUAACGCUGCUUAUCUUGGCUUUCAGUUCCAUAUCCAAACCCUAUGUGAUGAUCACAACAAAGAUGUUAUCGAGUUGAGCAACUCCGAUGUGAAGAUACAGGUUCCGGGUUUCAUGAAUCCAGUUCCGACGAAGGUCUUUCCUUCAGGGUUCGAUACUAAGGAAGGGUUGGAUUAUGUACUAUUGGUUACAAGAAACUUCAGAAAGGCGAAAGCUAUCAUUGUUAACACAUUCUUGGAAUUAGAAACACGCCCAAUCGAGUCGUUAUCUUCCGACAGCAGGAUACCGUCUGUUUAUCCGGUAGGGCCUGUACUGAACCUAGAAGACGGUGCCGGAACACUGUCGGAAAGUGACGUCAUCAGCUGGUUGGACAAUCAACCACCUUCCUCGGUUGUUUUCUUGUGUUUUGGGAGUUUGGGAUGUUUUGAUGAAGUCCAAGUGAAGGAGAUUGCAUACGCUUUGGAGCGAAGCGGGCGUUCUUUCUUGUGGUCGCUACGUCAACCUCCUUCGCCGGAGCAGACAUCAAGAGCUCCCGGAGAUUACGAGGAUCCCGGAGUGGUAUUGCCGGAAGGGUUUCUGGAGCGUACUGCUUCAAUCGGGAAAGUGAUCGGGUGGGCUCCACAGGCGGCGGUGCUGGCACACCGUGCAGUUGGAGGGGUUUGUGUCGCACUGCGGGUGGAACUCUUUGUUGGAGAGUUUGUGGUUUUGUGUACCGGUGGCAACAUGGCCGAUCUAUGCCGAGCAACAGAUGAAUGCGUUUGGAAUGAUGGUGGAGAUGGGAUUGGCGGUGGAGAUCAAGCUGGAUUAUAA